GUUAAAGGCAGAGACUGUAGUAGUCACAUUUAAAGAGAAGAAAAUAACAAAAUCCGCUGAUUACACAUAAACACAACACACCAAACCAAUUUGAUCUGUCCCGUGGCAGAAUGAGCUCAAAGGGAGGCACAGCCCUGACCCGACGCAACUAUCGCCUGGCCUCAGACACAGACAAACCCAAAGUCACAGGUAUCGUCAAUGAGAAGCUGCUGAGCGACUAUCUGCAUCAUGUGUUUCCCGCCUCCAGUAAGCAGGGACCGGCAUCCGCAGCGUACAGGAAAACUUUGACGUUACAGGAUCUUGGAGCUCACCUGGAGAAGCUGCUGGCUGAAGAUAAUGUCACUGAAGACGUCAGAGAUCCGACAGAAGGCAGCCUUGGACCUUCAACUGUUGUCCUGGAUCACAGCAGUGGGUUUGAAGGCCUGUUAUUUGUUGAUGAUGACCUUUUGGGGGUCAUCGGCCACAGUAACUUCAGCUCCAUCAGAGCCACCACGUGCGUUUAUAAAGGGAAAUGGGUGUACGAAGUUCUCAUCUCAUCCCAAGGCCUAAUGCAGAUCGGAUGGUGCACACUAAACUGCAGAUUCAACCAAGAGGAAGGUGUUGGGGACACGCCAGACUCGUACGCCUAUGAUGGAAACAGAGUCCGCAAGUGGAAUGUGACAACCACCAACUAUGGCAAGUCGUGGGCUGCUGGGGAUAUCGUCAGCUGUCUGAUAGAUCUGGAUGAGGGAACCAUUACGUUUUGUCUAAAUGGACAGUCUCUCGGUGUUGCGUUCAGCAAUAUUAAGACGGGCCCGGGGGUUGCAUACUUCCCUGCCAUCAGUCUUUCCUUCAAAGAGUCCGUAGCUUUUAACUUCGGCAGCCGUCCUCUCAGGUACCCUGUGGAAGGCUACCUUCCUCUACAGAGCCCACCAACAGCUGACCUCAUCAAAGCCCACAGGCUUCUGGGAUACCUCAAGACAGUCCUGUCCACCUCCAUCGACACGCAGGAGGAGAAGCUUGUGGAGAAAGACAGCAGCGUCUGGCAGCUUCACGGAGAUCCCACAAUCCUGGUCACUCUCGCUCACAUAUUCAACCACUUUGCGCCUCUCAUGUGUAAAGUGUAUCUGGUGGAGGACGUGCUGAUGAACUUUCUGCUGAGUAUUCUGGAGGGUGGAGGAUCUGUCGAUGAACAUCCUCUCAUACAGCAACUGCUGGAUCUUUUCUGGCUGCUCAUGGAGGACUACGAGGUGCGAGAGUGCCUGAAACAGCUGAUGAUGUCACUGCUCAGAGCGUAUCGCUUCUCUCCCAUCAUCCCUGAUCUGGGCUUUCAGAUUCAUUACCUUCGUCUGACCACCGCUAUACUGCGCCAUGAGAAGUCCAGGAAGUACCUGCUCAGCAAUGUUCUGUUUGAUGUGCUGCGCUCUGUGGUUUUCUUCUACAUCAAGACCCCUCUGAGAGUGAAGGAGGCCGGACUGGAGGAGCUCAUCCCAACCACCUGGUGGCCAACGCGCUUCGACAAAGAGGGCAAAGAUGAGAGAGACCCGCGCGAGGAGACUGCAGACGAGAGACUGAGGCGGCGAGCGUACGAGAGAGGCUGUCAGCGGCUGAAGAAGAGGAUUGAGGUUGUGGAGGAGCUGCAGGUUCAGAUCUUGAGGUUGAUGCUCAACAACAAAGACAAAGGGACGGGCGAAGCGUCGCGGUACAUUUUCCUCAACAAGUUUCGCAAGUUUCUUCAGGAAAAUGCAAGCAACCGAGGGAACCCAACAGUGUUGUGUCCUCCUGAAUAUAUGGUGUGUUUCUUGCAUCGCCUCAUCACCGCCAUCCGCAGCUACUGGGACGAAGGCAAGAGGAAAAGCCCAGGAUCCAUCAGCAGUGAAGACGCCUACGUUCCUCCUCAGCUCUUCUACAAUGGGAAGGUGGAUUAUUUCGACCUUCAGCGUCUGGGCGGACUGCUCUCACAUUUAAAGAAAACACUCAAAGAUGAUUUGGCAGCAAAGGCCAACAUCAUCAUAGACCCGGCAGAGAUCCAGGCUGUUUCUAUGGAUGACUUGGAUGAAAAUGAGGAAACUGGAGCUGGACAGAGACCAUCUGGCGCUGUGGCCAUGGGCGGUGCUCUGGCGCGACCCAGUUGGCUGAGUUCUCCAACGCUGGGCAGAGCCAACCGGUUCCUGAGCACUGCCGCCGUCAGCCUGAUGACCCCGCGGAGACCCCUCGCCCCACCAGAGAAGGUCAAAGUGCGGACCCUCGCCGUAGAGCAACGGACAGAGGAGGACAUCGAGGGAAGCCAUGGAAACGAUGGGCUGUUGCUGGGGCGACCGUUCGAGGAGCCCGACCAGCCAAUCACAGAGAAGUCCCUGCUGGAGAUCCUGGACGGGGUGGUGAUGAUGUACAAUCUGAGCGUCCAUCAGCAGCUCGGCAAGAUGGUGGUGGUUUCUGAUGAUGUUCACGAAUACGCCGUCGCCCUGAAGGACACAGAGGAGAAGAUCGCAAGAUGCCCGAGCAGAAGGCCGGAUAUCCUCGAAGAGCUGCAAAAGAGCCAAAAGGUGUUCGCAGAAAAGCUGAACCACCUGAGUCGUAGGUUGGCCUGGAUCAACGCCACCAUCUACUCCAAGGAGAAGAUGCUGGAUGUGUACUGGCUCCUGAGAGUGUGUAUUCAGACCAUCGAGCAUUCUGACAGCACCGGCUCUCUGUUCGCCUUCAUGCCUGAGUUCUACCUCAAUGUGGCCAUGAACAGCUACAGCGCCCUCAAGAACUACUUCAGCCCCUCCAACUGCAUGGAGGAACUGCCAGGUUAUGAGGACACACUCAUCCAGCUCGCAGCCAUUCUCGCCAAACACUUCGCUGAUCCGCGCAUCGUCGGCACGGAUAUCAAAGAUUCACUGAUGCAGGCUUUGGCCAGUUACGUGUGUUACCCACAGUCCCUGCGGGCCGUCGAGAGGAUCCCAGAAGAACAGCGGAUGGCUAUGAUGAAAAACUUGCUGGCUCCAUAUGAGCAGCGACCCUGGGCUCAAACCAACUGGAUCCUGGUCCGUCUUUGGAGGGGUUGUGGCUUCGGCUACAGGUACACUCGUCUUCCUCAUCUGCUGAAGACCAAACCCGAGGACGCCAACCUACCCAGCCUGCAAAAGCCCUGUCCAUCACUUCUGCUGCAGAGGCACAUGGCUGAACUCCUCUGUCAAGAUAAAGACAUGGCUGCCAGUUUCCUCAAUAGCGUCUUAAACCAGCUCAACUGGGCCUUCUCUGAAUUCAUCGGCAUGAUACAGGAGAUCCAACAGGCAGCCGAGCGUCCAGAGAGGAAUUUCGUGGACACCCGGCAGCUAAAGGUGUGCUCGACCUGUUUUGACCUCUCUGUCAGUCUGCUGCGGGUCCUGGAAAUGACCAUCACACUAGUGCCGGAAAUAUUCCUGGACUGGACCCGCCCCUCCGCCGAGCUGCUGCUGCGCCGAUUGGCUCAGCUCCUGAACCAGGUGUUAAAUCGAGUUACGGCAGAAAGAAACCUCUUUGACAGGGUGGUCAACUUGCGCCUUCCAGGCCUGGAGAGUGUCGAUCAUUAUCCCAUCCUGGUGGCGGUUACAGGGAUAUUAGUGCGCAUUUUGGUGGACUCCAACAAACAAGGGGUCUCGAGGGCCGCGUCUGUGCUGCUGUCGGACCCCUGUUUCCAGCUGCGCUCCAUCCAGUACCUGCUGGGAGAAGGAGAGAGCGGAUCCUCCACCGUCGCCGACCGCAAACACUUCUCCCUGCACACAUAUACAGACUACAUCAGCACGGAGGAGGAGCAGAAGGUUGAACAGAUGCUAACUUUCCUGACGGAGGAGUCCAAACAGGCGGCAGCCAGUACAGCGCCGACCAGCGAGGACGAUCUCUGCCCGAUCUGCUAUGCACACUCCAUAUCAGCCAUUUUCAAGCCCUGCUCCCACAAAUCCUGCAAGGCCUGCAUCAAUCAGCACUUGAUGAAUAACAAGGACUGCUUCUUCUGCAAGGCCACCAUCACUGGAGUGGAUGAUUACACCAAACCAUCCGGCUCUUAGUAUGCCCUUCACACACACUCAACAUUUAGAUCUACACUUUCCCCCAAAGACUUCACCUUAAAAACACACACGCACAUAUAUCUCUGUCUCUAUAUAUAUAUAUAUA